AUGCCAUCCAACAGCGAUUACUACAACGAUAGUUCUGGCACUCAGGACGUCAAUGCUCAGUGGUUUGAGCAACAGCCCGAAUACCAGACGUCCGGCUACACCAACUACAACGCACAGCAAGAUCCGGUACAGUGCAACACCGAUGGCGUUGCCGAAGCCAGUGACUAUCCACAGUACAAUGGAAGCUAUCUCACCAACGACGUCAAUCCAUUGCCCACAUACAACGGCUCAUUUGAGGAAGAACGUUUCAACAGCCUUGAUGGCCUUGAUCCACGCAGCGACGACAGGUUUUACUGCGAAGAUUCCGAAUACGGACCAUCCGGCUGUGCGGCUUCAUGCAAGAACAGAUCUUCUCUCAGGAAGCAUCUCAAAAGCCACACUAGACCGGUUCUCUGUCCAUAUGUGUCCAAGGGCACUUGCCAACACCGUACGGCAGAGCAGCGCGACAUGAGGCGUCAUGUUGUGUCCCAUCACUCGCUCUGGGCCAUGCUGAAUGGCAUCAAAAGUGAUGUACAUGCUGCCAUUACGCAGGAGGCCCUCCACUUUCUCGGCUUGGAGCAAAAACGCAAACUCAUUGGCGGGCCUGGGGCGGCAAAUUGCGGGUCCAGCGGAAGCGACGAGCCCCUGCUAGCACCCAAAAAAUUGGCAACAUCCACCGCCGGCGCAUGGGGUCAGUCACCCUUACAGCCCUCACCCUUGGCCCAAAUCAGCCCCGGUCUUUUUGUUAUUAUCGAUAAAUUGCUACUUCAAUAUGCCCAUCCAUGUCGAAUUGUAAGACGCGUCGUCCUUGCAACUUUGCAAUCGACGCGACGCGCAAUAUGCGCCGCAAAAGCCCCUUUAUCGGUAAUGUCCGCGCCAGGCGGCCGCUCAAGCAGACAAAUACUUUGGUCACUCAGUUAUGCUAGAUCGAAUUAGGAAAACAUUGCUUUGUUGACCAUGCAAACACGCUGCUAUAGUACAAAGUACAGAUCCUCAAGAUGGACAAAACGCGUCUGCAUGUACUUUUCCGCCACCUAGGCUUUUAGACUUUUUAUAACAGGGACUGCGGUGGGGAGGGCCUCGACAAUGGAUGCUCGAGCGACUUGGCGGGCUUGAAAAUCUUGUAGCCCCUGAAUAUGUGUUCCAAUCAAUUUGAUAUCGGGCUUUGCAGGCAGCGAGCGGAGGGAUUCGGGUAGCUCCUCCAUCUUCGGUAGCGAGAACACAUUUCCUGAAGCGAUGGCCAACAGUAUCUGCCGCCACAGGUCAUAAGCCAAAAAAGAAGGUAUUUCGUGGCCGGUCGCAUAAAAGGUCGCUGCAACCAGGAGGGAGAUCCCACAGUCAAAGUCAGACUGCUGCUGCGGGCAUGGUUCCCACUUUAUUUUCCAGCCGGAAGCAGUGGCGGAGGCGGAGGGCUCAAAUGUCGGUGGAUCGAUGCCCAAAAGUCGCUGGAUGUUAAAUUCAACGUACUCCAUUACUGGCCUAUCUGGCUCAGUUGGCUUGUCCGACUUUUUUGACCGAAAUGAGUCCCAGAUCCAGACUUCACGGCGCGAGGGCCAGAUCAUAACCAAAAUUCAAUGGCUGUUAAAGCAGAUGGCAACCAUGGCGCCGUUGGUCUCGGCAAAUUUGCGAAUGUCUUUCGAUAGCAAACGGCCAGAUGACCCGGGCUCUACGACUUCGAAGGUCGCCAUGUCGCAGAGGAGGGCCAGGUUCUUUAGGAAGGAUGUGAUGAUCCUACCAGUAAGCCAUGCUUGCUUGCCAGAUACGCCAGGCUGCAGUGGAUAAAGGUCAGAAUCUGAAAGGCCG